AUGCCCACCGAGCUCACGAAGCUUCGUGCAGAGAACACGCAGUUGAUGAGCGAGCUCCAGGUAUUCUACAAGGCCAUGGAAAGCAAAGAGCCACAGGAUGCGACGAAGCAGCGGCUCGAGAAGUUCCACUCGCAGCUGGUCUUGGAGGCUGCAUCCCUUCGGAAUGAGGUGGCUGGCCUGAAGCGGAAGCGCUGGGUGAUCCAGGCCGUCUUGGCGAAUGGUGGGGAGAGCGAGGACCGUGUGAUCAAGGAGGAGCUCCAGAAGCUUCGCCAGAAGAGGAGCGAGGAGCAGCCGGAACAUCAGCCGAGCCCCAAAGGCUGA